CGAGGAGAGACAGAUGAUUUCUGGGGGGAAAAUAGCCCCCGGCUGGAGCGCUCCCAUUCCCCGCUCCGUCCUUUAGCCACCCCCCCCCCGACAUUUUCCACGGUCUCCGCUCAUUUAGCGGGUUCUCCGACACCCAGCCCCGCACCCCUCCUGCCCCUCGCCCCGUCGACACCCCACCCCCGCCUCGGCGGCAAACCGGGAGGGAGAAAGAUGGAGGGGAGUCGGGGAGAGGAGGGAUGAGCGAGAAAGGGAGGAGAGCGAGCGCGCUCCGCCAGAGGAACCGCGCGCCGACGGAGAUGGCGAGCAACACGCGCGGGAGACGGGCUCCCGGCUCCUAAGGCGCCUCCCUUGUUCUCCGCCUCGUCACGCUCCACGACACCUCCCGCGCCGAGAGGACUCGGGCCAGCCGGCAGCCGACGAGAGGGGCGGGAUGGCCAAAUGCGCCCCGACCGCGUCCCGCGCCCCCGCAUUUCCGCCGGGGCUUCUGCCUCCCCGCACGCCCGCCUUUUGAAUCGCCGCCGCCGUCAAGGCACCCAUCGGGCUCGCGGGAGCUGACGGAAUAUCCAACGACGCUACCUUGCCGUUCCACGUUGGCAUCCCGCGCGGGGCAGCGCAAUCAACGAGGGGGAGCGCCACGAGGUCCGCAUCGGUGAAGCCGGAUCGGCCUCGGCGGCGGAGGUGCCUUUUGCCGGCGACGGCCGCUGGAACGCGCUGAUUCUCCGUGACUUCAAUUGAAAGCCCAAACAAAGGAGAAGGCAGAUUCGGGGCAUGGACGAGGCCGGCGCUCCCUUUGCCCACGUCAGGAGGAACUCCGUCUCCUGCUCUGCCGGUUUUUUGCCUCCGCGGCACCGUCGGACCCUUCCGCGUCGGACAAACCCUCGCCCAUCCCCUUUUGCCGCGUCCGCUCUCAUUCUUCUGCCGCGCGUCACCCCAAGCUCGAUCCCAUGAGCGAAGGCGGCUCCCUGCAGCAACGCACCACCUACCUCAUCUCCCUCACCUUGGUCAAGGUAGAGGCGGUGGAGGAGAAUGGAGGGGCGGUCCGGAGCCUUUCCUCGGGGGAGGGAGCCACGGCGAAGCCGCAAACCCGAACGCCGGGCCGGGCCGGCCAAACCCGCUCCCGAGCGCCGGGGGCCGAGGCUCCCGGACCCGUCCGAGGGCCCGAAGCCAACGAAGCCGCAGACGAAGGCGGGAAUCCUCCGAGUGAGUCGGCCCCCGUACGGCCCGAGAGAGCCCGUACCCCAAAGCCUGCCGAGCCGGACUCGAGCCCAACAGAGGAAAUCUGUUGCGCCCCUGAAGCGAAGCAAUCCCGGCCUCCCUUUUUGACCGGCGCCCCCCCAACAGAGACCCCCGAAGCCGCUGGCACUCCCGCCAGAACCGGCCCGCCCAUCCGUCCGGCGGCCCAGAGGCCCGCCAGUCUUCCAAAGUCCCGCGACGGCGCGGCCCCCCGAGGCCGGGACACCAGGGAGGGUCGGGAUCGCGGCCCCGCCUCGGCCCAGAGUCUCGAUCGCAAAGACUGCCGAACGCCGGCGCGCUCCCCGGGCCCCUGCAGAGCCUCGUGGGCCGAGGCCAGCGGGACCCGAGCGUGGAGGGACGCGCCGGACGAGGUCCCGGCCGAGACGGGCGGCGGGGCGGCCGCCGCCCGUCUCCGAGACGCGCCCGGCAGGGACGGGCUCAAGUCGGGGUCGGCCUCCCUGCCGGCGCCGGCCACCCGGGCCGGCAAAGCCCCGCGCAAGGGCAAAAGCCGCACGCUGGACAACAGCGACCUGAACGGCCUUUCCGAGGACCUGGCGCGCAGCGACGAGGCCCGGCGGGGCCAGCGCGGCGCCUCCAAAGAUCGCAAGAUGCUCAAAUUCAUCAGCGGCAUUUUCACAAAGAGCAAUUCGGGUCCGGUCGGCUCGGCGACGUCGGCCGCUCCCGUCUUCGUUCGGAGGGACUCCAGCGAGGAGGAAGUUAACAUCGCCAACAGUCAGGAAUGGAGCCUGAGCGCACCCGUUCCCGAGCUGAGACUGGGCGUCCUGGGAAGCGCGAAAAGCGGCAAGUCGGCGCUGGUGACCAGAUACGUCACGGGCUCUUAUGUGGCGCUCGAGAAAGCCGACGGUGGCCGCUAUAAGAAGGAGGUGCUGGUGGACGGGCAGAGUUAUUUAUUACUGAUUCGAGAGGAGUGCGGGGCACCUGACGCGCAGUUCAGCAGCUGGGCGGACGCCGUCAUUCUGGUGUUCAGUCUGGAAAACGAAGGCAGCUUCCAGGAGCUCUACCAUCUCUACGGCAAGCUGGGCUCGCUGCGCGCCAACGUCCCCGUCAUCGUUGUCGGCACUCAAGAUCAAAUCAGCAGCAGCAACCCGCGCGUGAUCGAGGACCAAAGAGCCCGCCAGCUGUGCGUGGACGUGCGGCACUCGCUCUUCUACGAGACCUGCGCCACCUACGGCUUCAACGUGGAUCGGGUCUUCUCGGAGGCUGCCCAGAAAAUUGUGGCCCAGAAGAAGCAGGCGGCGCUGCUGGCCUGCAAGUCUCUCCCCAACUCUCCCGGUCACUCCGGAGGUUCCACGCCGGGAUCGGCCUCCUUCCCCGGCCAGGUCAGUAACGGCGUGAGCGGCGGCUACGCCUGCUCCCUCCCCUCCACCCCCGUGCUCGGUCACAGGGAGCUGAGGGUGGCGCGCGGGGAGGGGGGCGGCGGCUCCCGUUCCCUCAAGGGCAUCCCCCGAAGACCCUCGCUCUUCAAGAACCGGGACUCGGACAGGAGAGCCGCCGACGCCAAAGGAGACGCCGGCGCCGCUCGAGCCGUUGCCAUCAAGCAGAGCAUCCUGUGGAAGAGGAGCGGCAGCUCUCUGAACAAGGAGUGGAAGAAGAAAUACGUCACCCUGUCCAGCAACGGCACGCUGUGCUACCACUCCAGCUCCAGCGACUACGCGCAGAACGCGCACGGAAAGGAAAUCGACCUGCUGCGCGUGACGGUGAAGGUUCCCGGCAAGCGUCCUCCGAGAGCCGUGGCGCCGGCCGGCCCCUCGCCCGUGGCCCCCGCCUCCUCCUCCGGCAUCAACGGGCUCAGUAAGGAAUCGGCGGCGGCCGAGGGCGCAGAUGCCCUCGAGGGGGCGUCCGGAGCGUUUCCCGGAAAGGACGCCGGCCAAUCGUCUCCCGUGAGCGAGCGCAAGAAGAACAGGAGGAAGAAAAGCAUGAAUCAAAAAGGAGACGCGGCCGUCGGCCAGGCGGAAGCCAAGCGCAAAAUGUGGAAGCUAAAGAGCUUCGGUAGCUUGAGAAACAUUAACAGGACAGAUGAGGAAAACGCCGACUUUGUCGUGGUGUCCUUUACGGGUCAGACGUGGCACUUUGAGGCUCCCAGUCCGGAGGAGAGGGACUCGUGGGUGGCGGCCAUCGAGAGCCAGAUCUUGGCCAGCCUGCAGUCGUGCGAGAGCGGCAGAAACAAGGCGCGACGCAGCAGCCAGAGCGAGGCGGUGGCGCUGCAGGCCAUCCGGAACACCAAAGGCAACGACCUGUGCGUGGACUGCCAAGCGCCAAACCCCACCUGGGCCAGUCUCAACCUGGGCGCGCUGAUCUGCAUCGAGUGCUCGGGAAUCCACCGCAACCUGGGCACUCACCUGUCUCGGGUGCGCUCGCUGGACCUGGACGACUGGCCCGGGGAGCUGACGCAAGUGCUGUCGGCCAUCGGCAACCGCACGGCCAACGGCGUCUGGGAGGGCCGCACGCUGGGCAGGGCCAAGCCGGCGCCCAACGCCUCGCGUGAGGAGAGGGAGUCGUGGAUCCGCGCCAAGUACGAACAACGGGCGUUCGUGCCGCCGCUGCGGCCGCAAGCGGACGACGACAUGCCGGCGCGACUGCUUUCGGCGGUGACCGAGCGGGACCUGGCGCGCCUCCUCCUGCUGCUGGCCCACAGCAGCAAGGAGGCCGUCAACGCUGGGCCCGCCCCCGCCGCCACCGCCCUGCACGCCGCCUGUCAGCUGGGCGACGUGGUCAUGACGCAACUGCUCAUCUGGUACGGAAUGGACGCCAAAGCGAGGGACCGCCAGGGGCAGACGGCCAUGAUGAUGGCCAGAAAGGUCGGGAGCGGAGGCUGCGUGGAUGUUUUGCUGCAACACGGCUGCUCCGACGAGACGCCCGCCGCCACGCCGGUCCUCUCCCGCCGCUCCAGCAGCGCCAGCCUGGGCGGCGGCGGCUCCGGGCGGCACGCCUCGUAGCCCGGACGCGGGCGCCGGCCCGCUUUGGCAACUCUCGUCAAACGCGCUGCGGUCGGCCGCGAGAGACAAAAGGGCGACGGAGCUUCCGGCGCGGGUGGGGGACGCCGCUCGCGUCAUUUGAGCCCAGUCGCCCAUUUGGCCAGGAAAAAUGACACCGGACUCGACUUUUGGACCGAGGCUCGGGCCGCGCGAGUCGGCCGCGCUCACAUUUGAAAAUGUUACCGCCGCCGUGUUCCGAUGAGGCCCUCCGUGUGUCAACGCCGACCGCUCUUUGGGGGGGGGGGGCGACCGUGUGACGUCUCACUUCCAUCAUCGCCAUCACGCAGACGGCCGAGCGAGCGGACGGGAGGCGAUGUCACCGUUUGGCUGCCCUGAAUGUUUUGCUUCGUGGAGAAGUGAACAAAGCAAUAAAGCCGGCAAACGC